UUUUUUGACACUUCGCUCUCUCAUUUCGGCAUCGCUUUACCCGCCUCGCAAAUUACCACGUGAAGUGAAAUUUGAAGAAUUUCAUCACAAAAUACAACAUAUUCCACACAUAAAUUCCAAAGGAAGGCGCAUCUCAGCUAUAGUUCUGCUGAGGCAUCGUCGCAGUUAAAGAAGAAAAAGAAAAAACUUGAAGAAGUCACCGAAUUAUUUGAGACACACAAACAUGGCGUUGCGCGUGCAAUUUGAGAAUAACGACGACAUUGGCGUCUUUACCAAACUGACAAACACAUAUUGUCUCGUUGCCAUUGGCGGCUCCGAGACCUUCUACAGUGCCUUUGAGGCUGAGCUGGCGGAGACCAUACCCGUGGUGCAUGCAAAUAUCGGUGGAUGCCGAAUUAUUGGACGGCUCACCGUGGGCAAUCGAAAUGGCCUUUUAGUGCCCAAUUCUACCACAGAUGAGGAACUGCAGCAUUUGCGUAAUACCCUCCCGGAUGCUGUGAAAAUACAACGUGUCGAGGAGCGUCUCUCGGCUCUGGGCAAUGUAAUUGCUUGCAAUGAUUAUGUGGCUCUGGUUCAUCCAGAUUUGGAUAAGGAAACGGAGGAAAUCAUCGGCGAUGUACUCAAUGUGGAGGUAUUUCGCCAGACUAUUGCCGACAAUACGUUGGUCGGCUCCUAUACAGUUCUCAGCAAUCAGGGUGGCAUGGUCCAUCCCAAGACGAGCAUACAGGAUCAGGAUGAGUUGUCAUCUCUUCUGCAAGUGCCCCUUGUAGCGGGUACCGUGAAUCGAGGCAGUGAGGUUCUUGCAGCCGGCAUGGUGGUCAACGACUGGAUAUCGUUUGUCGGCAUGAAUACCACAGCCACCGAGAUAUCUGUGAUUGAGAGCGUCUUUAAGCUAAAUCAAGCCCAGCCGGCCACAGUGACCACAAAACUGCGUGCCGCCCUUAUCGAGGACAUGUCCUAAGACUCUGUUUCUGUUUAAUUUUUAUAGAAUCAAAUAAAUAUGUCAUUUAAGAGCGAAA